ACAGGGCCGGCCGCCAGCAGUCUUCUGUCGUUUCCGGCGUCUGCCGGUGUUGACUUCAUCUCCCUCGUCUUCCUCGUCGUCGGAAGAGUCAACCUAAAUUACAGCUUAGCUGGGCAGGGGUACAUAUCAUGCCAAAGUGCACGUACCACUCGGCGUGUUGGACGCGCUCGUCCCUACGAGCAGCAAUGUCAGCUGAUGCACGAUCAUGGCAGUUAGCAGGAGACGCACGCUACGUCGCAGACCAUACAGCUCCGGAUUCUGCUGCAUCAAUUCAUCAUCGUCGGCGUCUGCCUUCCGCUUCCCUGGUCUGUGACUUCCCUCCGACAGCGAGCCGUCGUCAUGCAUUCCGUCUGCGGGCUCAUGCGGCGGAGAGUCCGCAUCGUACUCUGCGUCUUCUUCGCCUGGAGCAUCGUCGUCUUCAUCCAUUUCAGACGUGGCCAUGUCAUGAAUAGCAUCGUCAUCAUCUGCAUGGAGGUGCUCUUGUGGUUCGCUUCGCGAGGGCGGCAUGUCAUUGAGGUCUGAAAGUUCGCUUUCGGAGCGCAUGGGUUGCGGGGAAGGGUUCAUAGC